AUGUCAAUACUUCGUCCUAUAUAUCCAUGUUAUUAUAAAGAUUUAAAUCAACGUAUAUAUAAAUGUGACAUGUGUCAAUGUAUAUUGUCACCUCCACUUUUUUCAACUUCAAAUCUUUGUUCUUCAUUAUCAAAAUCAUCUUCAUUAAUUUGUUCGGAUAAUUUAACUAAAAUUCAUAAUGAAGAACUAUUACGUUUAAGACUUGAUGAAGUUGAAUCUGAAACUGAUCAUCAAUUACAAACACACUAUUCUAUUAUACGAAAACAAUCCUUUAAUGAUAUUCAAUUUGAAUUUGAUAAUUUUAAUAAUGAUGUAUUUAAAAAUUUAUUUGAUUUCGAACAAAUAUGUUCAUAUAUAAAUAAUUCACGUUUAACAUUUUAUCGUUUACAAUCAAAUAAAUUAUUUAAUGAGUUAAAUACAUGUCAAUUAACAAUAUUAUCAUUACGUUUUCUUGAUACAGUAAUAGAAAAUAAUUUUUUAUUACAAACAACAAAUCCAAUAGGAUUAACUUUUUAUAACUGUACAUUUAAUAUUGAACAAUUAAGUUUAACAACAAUAACAACAACAUUAUCAUUUUAUUAUGUCAAAUUUCAUUUAAAACCAUUUCUAAUAAAUUCUUUAACUUCACUUAUACAUUUAACAAUAACAUAUACAACACAUUUUGAUAUAAUUGGUUCAUAUCCAAAUUUAAUUUACCUUGAUCUAUGUCAUACACAACUAAAUGAUAUACAAUUAAAUAAAUUAUUUUCACAAAUUGAUAUGCCAGAUUUAACAACAUUAAUAUUAUCAAAUAAUAAUAUUAAAGCAUUAAAAACAAAAUUUCCAUCAAGAAUACGUUAUUUAGAUUUAUCAAAUAAUUAUAUUAAAUCAUUAGAUUAUACAUCAUUUAAAUCUUUAUAUUCAUUAAAUAUAUUAAAUUUAAGUUAUAAUUCACCAUUAGAUAUUCAACAAGAUACAUUUACACGUAUACCAUAUUUAGAAAUACUUGAUUUAACAUCAUCUUUACCAUCAUUACCAAUCGAUGAUCUAUUUUUACCAUUACAAAAACUUCGUUAUUUAAAUCUUUCAUCAAAUAAUUUAAAUUAUUUCCCACGUCUUCCUAUACCUCAUGAUGCACAUACUAUAGCUAGUUAUGAUCAUCAUUUACCUGUUUUAAAUAUUGAUUUAUCAAAUAAUAAUUUAAAUAAAAUUGAUUUUGAUAUACUUUCAUCGGCAUCAACUCAAGAUAAAUAUAUUAUAUCAAUUGACAUGACUAAUAAUCAAUUAAAAACAUUACAAUUACCAUCUAGUUUAUCAACAGGUAUUAAAAGACGUGGACCAUUAAUUGAAUUAAAUAUUAAUAAUAAUCCCUUAGAAUGUAAUUGUAUUUUAUAUGAAAAUAUUUUUCAAUUAUUACAAACUGAUAUAUCAACUCAACAAGAUAAUUCUUUUAUUUUAAAUCCUCCAUUUCAACCAUUACCAUCUCAACAAUAUCCGUCAGGAUUUUAUCCAAAUCAAUAUUUGCCAACUAAUAUUCUUCCUCAACCAUUACCACCAGCACCUCCUCCUUUUUAUCCUCAAUCAACAAAUCUAAUAAAUUAUAUUCGAACACGUCGUCAAUUAAAUCUUCCAAAUCAUCCAUCAGCAAUGUCAUUACUUGCAGAAAAUCUAGCCAAACAAGCUCGUGUUAAAUUAUUACAUCUAUCUAACCUAACAUGUCAAGAUAUAAUUGAACCAAAAAUAAGUCGAUCCUUAUUUGAUCUUAAUUCAUCAAAUAGUUUUUGUUCAUACACAAUAUAUUGUCCAUCGACAUGUUCAUGUUGUUCAUCAUCAUCGCCAUCAUUAUAUAAUAAUAAUAAUAAUAAUUGUGAUUGUUAUUAUCAAUGUCCAUUAGAAUGUUCCUGUAAACAUUCAUUUGAUUUAACAAAAAAUUAUGUUAAUUGUUCAAAUCUUUAUUUAAAUAAAAUUCCAUUAAAUAUUCCUUCCACAACAACACAUCUGCAUUUAAAUAAUAAUCAAAUAAAAAUUCUUGAAAAAAAUUUAACACAUUUAACAAAAUUACAAUAUCUUACAUUAGCAAAUAAUCAAUUAGAAUAUUUAUUAAAUGAUGAUUUUUUAACAUUAACUAAAAUUGAAGAUUUAGAUUUAUCAUCAAAUCAAAUACAAAAUAUUGGAUCAAGAACAUUUUCAACAUUGUUUAAUCUUAGACAUCUUUAUUUACAUAAUAAUCCAUGGAUACCAAAAUUUUAUAGUGGACAUGGAGAAUUUCAAUCAAACAUAAGGUUAAAUUCUUUAACAUAUGGAAAUGGUCUUUCAUGUAAUCGAUCGAUUAUAUCUUCUUUUACAAUUGAAACUCCACUUACAGCAGACGAUUGUUGUAAAAAUUCAAAUAUUGAAUCAUGUCAACAAUUAAUUCAUAUAAAUGAACAUAAUUAUGAAUCUGAUCAAGAACAUUUAUCAUUUCAUACUGAUCAAAAUUUAUUUAAUUCAAAGCGAAUUUUUAAAGUUUUGUUUCAUGAAAAUUAUCGUCUUUAUGUUAUUAUUGGAUUAAGUUUAUUUAUACUUCUAAUAAUAAUAUUUAUUAUUAUAUUAUGUUGUAUAUGUCGACGAAAAAAACAUCAAAAACAUUCUUCAUCAGCUGAAAGUAAAUUAUUAACAAAUGGAGAUGUAAAUAAAACAAUAAAUCACUAUCAUAAAUCAUUACAACAAACAUCAUCAACACCAGCACAAAUAUCAUUAUCAUCAUCAACUACUGCUAUACAAAAAUUAAUUAAUUCAACAAGACAAAAAAGUUUAAAUUCUAAUACAGCAUAUAGACAACAAGAAAACGAUGGUUCAAUUUCAUAUUCUGAUAAUGAUGAUGAAGAUGAUUAUGCUUCCAUACCAUUAACAGUUUCUCAAACUGAUUUAUCACCAGUCAUUCGUUCUCAACCACCUGUUCCUCCACUUCCACCUCCUCGUCAAAUGCAACAACAACAUCAACAACAACGUAUUGUAUCGAAUCGUCCUAUAUCUCAUUCAUCUACAGUAUCAACAUCGACAACAAUUCGAUCAAUUGUUCCAAUGAUAAAACGUUCAAAUUCUUCGGCUUCUAAACAGGCUCAAUCAUCAUUAACAGCAGCACGUUCAUGUUUACAAAUAAAACUUGAUGCACUUGUACUUUAUUCAAUAAAUGAUAGUGAGUUAGUACAUGGAGAUAUUGGUGAAAUACUUGAAAAUAUGUAUGGCAAACGUUUUAGUUUUUAUUUUAUACAUCGUGAUCGUAUGUUAGGUGAACUUGACUGGUUAAUUGAAAAUUCUUGUGUUACAAUUAUUAUUUUACGUAAACCAUAUCAUAUUGUACAUGAUUAUAUGAAAAUUUUGUCAACAUGUUCAUCAAUUAAAAUAUUUUUAAUACUUGUUAAUGAUGAAAAUAAUAAAUAUGUAUCAUCAUCAUCAUCAUCAUUAAAAGCACGUGAAAAAAUUGCAAAAUUAUAUCGAACAUCAAAUGUAUAUGAAUGGAAUUCAGAUCCAACGGCAAUUAUACAUGAACAACUUGAAUUAUUUCUCGAACAAAAUUGUGGUUCAGCUACUUAUGUGCCGGAUUAA